AUGGAAACCUCUACUGAAAAGCUAGGGUAUGCACUAUAUUUGGCCUUCUGCAGAGUUCUUGGUUGCGAUUUGGCUAUUGGUUUGAAGCAUAUGUCUCGCGAUAAGGCAAUAAUGCAAAUGUUUCAGUGUUUUCCAAGUAAUAGACUUGUUCGGGUGUAUUUUGUGUAUCCAGAUGAUUUGCCAGAACAAGGUGAGAAUAACCCAAUGGUUAGUGGAGAUACAGACUCUGAAUUAGAUUCUGAAUAUGUGGAGGAAGCAAACCAAACUGAUUUAGAGUCUACUGAAUAUAAAAAUUUUGUUGAUGAUAUGGAAUGUUCAAUGAUGAUAAUGUGGAUAUGGAAGUUCAAUGGGCCA